UGAGGUCACAUUCCUUCCUCGUACACGGAAAGCUGUCGCAGGGCUUGUCUUUUAAUUAUUUAGAUUUACUGGUUGUUCAUCAAACACAUCCAACAAUUCAAACUUAAGCUGUCGUUUCUUUUACUUUCACUUUGAAUAUGUGUGUUUUAGCUUAGAUCCCUUUUGAUCUUGUGGAUAAACAUCGAGCUGCUGAUCACCGUCGGAGAAGGUAACGGAGCCUGCGGAGCUGACAAGCAAGCCGAGAAGCCGAGGAGCCGAGAAGCAGCCGGGAUCUUGAACAUGUUGUGAAAACAUGAUCACUCCAUGCAGAGAUGCGGACAGUAUUCGUUUUAAUCAGCCUGUGGAUCCUGCACUGCAAAGCCUCCUCCUCUCCGCCAAGCCCCAUCAAUGUCGUCUUCUCCUCAGUGAAUCUGAGGAAUAUACUGCAAUGGUUCCCAGGAAAUGGCACGCUGAGUGACACACACUUUACAGUGCAGUACGCCAUCUAUGGGGACGGUGUUGAAAAUGGCAAAGGAAGACGGGCAAACUGGAGAGCGGUGUGGCGGUGUACAGAAAUAAUGCGGACCUGGUGUGAUCUGAGCAAUGAGACAUGGGAUCUGGAGCAUGGAUAUGUUGCCCGGGUUCGUGCUGUGAGCAAGAGAGCAUCCUCCAAAUGGGCUUUGACAAUAAGAUUUGAUCCAAAGCGUGACACUAGUUUUGGCCCUCCACUGGUUUAUGUGGAAAUAGAGGACAAUAGUGCCAUCUUCUCUCUGAAGGGACCAAUGAGAUAUAUGCCUAAUAACCACACCCCAGCGGUUUCUAUGGCAGCCCUUUACCCCCAAAUGAUGUACAACCUGUCCAUCCACAAUACCCGCCGCAGACAUACUAGCCAUUUCACAGUGGCCUCCGCUCAAUACAAAUAUCGCCUGAUGGACUAUGAUACAGAGUACUGCUUCUCUGCCAAGGCAAAAUUCCUCUCCAUGCCUUCCGAGUGUCAGUCUUCAGCACAGUACUGCAUAACCACACCUCCAGACCCUGUGAUUGGCCAGCUGCAGAUGGUGGUUGUAGGUACUGUUGUUCCAUUUGUGUGCAUUUGUAUGCUACUGAUGGUUGGCUACAUUCUCUAUCACUACCUCAUGGGAAAAGGAGCGAAGAAUCCAUACAUGCUGAACACACCUUAUUUUAAUGGGCCCCCUCUGACUCUCCCUCCUGAGAAACUCAACCUCAUCCAUAUCACUGUCAUCAAGCCAUCAGACACUGAAAGAGAUAUAUCAGAGCCUACACUCCCCAAGCAGCAGCACCCAGAACAUGUCAUCUGGAGGGCUGAAACACCCCCAGUGCCUGAGGAACCCAUCGACUAUGGAUUUGUUGGCAAAGCUCCCAGAAUUGAUGUUAGAGGAGAAGAAAGAGAAACAGAGAGGAGGCAUGAUGGAGGAAAAGAUGGGAAUAAUCUGAAAGGUAAACACCAGAAAUGGACACCAACAGGUAGUUGCGAGAAGAAAGAGUGGAGAGGGGAGAAUACUCACUCUGCUGGAGUUUAUGCUCCUCAGACGAAGUCAUACCACUCACAGAGGUCAACCCACACAUGCUCACAAACACACAUGCUGAUACACAUGGAGAUGAGUCCGCUUGUACAGGUGCCCACAUGGGUAAAUUCAGUUCCACUGAGCCAAACACAGGCACCAUUACUGUCUUUUAAAGGAGCACCUAAGGCAGAGGUGGAUAGACUGAAGGGUGGAGAGUUUUCAGGUUUAUUUGGAAACAAAUUCCCACAAAAUGGCCUCUUCCAUUUUCCUUUAAAUCUACCAUCAAACAAGGAGGGAGAAAUGGGGGAAAAGAGAGAUGGAAAGGUGAGAGUAAGAGCAGAUGGAAAGAUAGAUGCAGGUGUGGAAGAAGGAAGCGAGAGAGAAAGAGUACCCCUUCUUCUUGCUUAUGCCUCUCAGAAGCCCAAAGACAUGUUUACUUCCUGUGCUGAGCAGUCAGGUUCCUUACCAGAUGACUAUGGUAUUCUGAGUCUGGCUCCAGCCGACAAAAUAGAUGAGAUGCAUGAUGAUGAGCAUUGGGAGGAGGAGGAGGAAGAGGAAGAAGCUAUUUUUCUUGAUUGGGAUCCUGAGACCAGGAAACUAGUGUUGCCUGAAUUGCCGACGGAGUUCAUCGAGGAGGAGGGAGAGUUGGAUGAGCGGAUGCAGGGAGAGAAAGGUAGGCAGAAAAGGGUGGGAGGAGAGGAGGAGGCGUAUGCAAUGAGGAGUAAGUUGAUGUUAGAAAAUGUGUUUGUCAGACAAGGUUCUGAGGAAGAGGCAGAGGCACAGAGAGAACUGGAGAGAAAUGGGGAAAGAGGGUGGGAGGCCGAUGACAUUUUGACCAAAUGGGACUUGGUCAUCUCGAUGGACCAGUAGAUGAUAUUCAUCAAUGCAUUUAUCCCAUUCUUCCCAAAAAAAAAGCUCUUCUUUUGCACUGAAAAUACACACUUAAAUUUUAUAUCAUGAAAUAUACUGCACUUAGUACUGUAGUAGGGUUAAUUUUCAACCUGUGAUUGUUGCUGCUUCUUUAUAAUUAUUAUUAUUAUUAUUAUUAGCAUUAUUUGCAAUUCCAAACUGCUAUCAACUCUGAAGGAAAUUAUCUUGCCCAGGGAAACGUAUAGCAUAUGAAGGAAAUGCUUUUGUUCAGUGUGCAUCUUUGUGAUCAACAUGUUCUUGAUGAAGUUAAAAAAAGAAAAGCACUUAAUCUUAAUUGUUUUUAUACUCAAUGUAGAGACACCAUGCUACAUUCUGUUUUGAGACAUUCACAGGCAUGUCAGGAUAUUUUUUGUUGUCUCAUCAACAAGUUUCCAUGUACUACGUUCACUUUUGCAUUCCUCCAACAAACCCUCAAAACAAUAAGUCAUUCCUUUUGUUGUUCUGCCUCAUAACUACUCAAAAUGUUAUAUGAAGGACACUUUGAUGAUUUUAUCCACAAAACUUUUACGGGAAUUGUGCUUUCUCAAGGUCUAAUUCCAGAAAUUUCCAGCAUUGAAUCACUGUAAAAUCUCUUCCUGUACACCAGUAACCUGCAUACGUGCAAAGCCACCGUAAGGGAGAGUUAUGAAACUCUUAUUCAUUUAUUUACACACCUCAGUUUAUGUGCAAUGUGACCAUCUGCUUGAUGCUAUUCAUGUCGUUGUGUCUGUUUUAUUGUGGGAAAGAUGUCAGAAAUAUAUUUGUGAGAGUUUUGUACAUUCACAGAAUUACUGUAUAUUCAAAAUAAAGAACUUGUCAACUA